AUGCCAGCCCUAGUGCAGGCACGGCUCGGCAUCGGAACAGCGGCAGCCCCCCGGGGCAGAGGGAGCGGCAGGGCAGGGCCCCCGCUCCCAGCCGGGCCCGCGGGGGCUCCUUCCCGGGCAGAGCUCGGUAGCCGGCCGGAGCUUCGCGCGCAGAGCCCGAGGCGCCGGCUCUGCCCAGCAAGCGCUGCCUGGGCUGCUGCUCCCCUCUCGCCGGCAACUCUCCUUCGGUCUGCCCUGGUGCUCUUUAGGUCAUUUGACGUGAACCUGCGCGCCGUGCUCCAAGUGUCCCAGAUCGUGGCCCGGCAGCUGAUCGCGCGGGGGGCGCCUGGAGCCAUUGUGAACGUCUCCAGCCAGGCCUCCCAGCGGGCGCUGCAGGGCCACACCGUCUACUGCUCUACGAAGAGUGCCCUGGACAUGCUGACCAAGAUGAUGGCGCUGGAGCUGGGGCCGCACAAGAUCCGCGUCAACGCCGUGAACCCCACCGUGGUGAUGACUGACAUGGGCCGCAUCAACUGGUCGGAGCCCCAGAAGGCUGGUGCCAUGCUCGGCCGCAUCCCGCUGGGGAGGUUUGCAGGUGGGUGGGGAGGGGGCUCCUGUCCCGCUCAGCAGCACCCCCCGCUUCCUCCUGGUUAGCUUGUCCGCCCCUGUUGCCCACCUCCGGCCCCGGGCUCGCAGCCCCAGCACCACGCGGGGGAGAGCCAAGUGCUGGUCUACCCCAGAGGUCCCAAAGCCCUGGGAGCAGCUCACCUGGGAGAGCAAGGCUGCACGGAGCCCCCUCCCCUGAAGCUCUCCCCAAGGGCGGUGUGAGACUGGGCAGCACUCUCCGUCUCUUCACCUGCGUGAGCCAGCGCUAGGAGGCAACAGCAAGCCACGUCCUUGGCCUGUGUCUGCCCAGGGGCCACCCAGUGCCAGGGGGCUGGAGCCCCAGGCCCAGCCGGUUCACUGUCCCCUAGGAGGAGGGUGCGGCGCUCCCCACCCCAGGCCGGUCCCUGGAGCAGCCCAGGGUCUUCAGGCCCCCCCCUGCUCCAGCCGGCGCC